CUAAUGAAAAACGUCAGACAAUUAUUUGUCUACACAGAUUUUAUUUCAUAGUAUUACAUUGUAAUUAUUAAAAGGAGUUUUAAAUUUAAAUUUGCGUUCAAACGACAAAACUUUAAAUGACGGUGUAUAUUAAGAUGCAGCGAGGCAUGGCAUACCAGCGGUAAUAGUAUAGUUUCGCGCGAGUGGUUUUACAGGUAAAGAGGGGAAUUUAUACCCUUCGUACGACAGUUUACUUAUAUAUCGUAAUAACGUAUAUACAUUAAUGACAGCGACAAAGUAUGUCAUCGUUUGAAAUAAAUAGUGUUACGGACUUAAGCCUACAACAAACUUUAAAGUCAAAUAGAAUAUUCGGAACAUAUUAUUUUUGGAAUAUUGUUUUGGCUUUCCUAAGUGAUGUUUAAUAUAUUACAUGUUUGAAAUAAAUUGAUAAGAUAUUCUACACCUGGUGUGUGAUACGUAAAAUGAUAUUGAAAUAUUGAACAGUGAAUACAAUAUGAAUACUUGCACGUUAGUAUUGGUAAUCAUUGUGAUCCAGGCACCACUAACUGUUGCAGAAACUAACUGUACAGACGCUGGAGUUGUUGUUGUAGCUAGUGUUUUUGCAACACUUGCUGUUGUUUUUAUUGUCCUCGCUAUCAUUGGAUUUUUGAUCUGGAGGAGACGUAGAGACAUUCUAAAGCCAGAAAAGUUGAAAACUGAUGUUACAGACAAUGGAAACAAGUUUGGAUACUCUAACCCAGCAUUUGAUGUCGAGAGCGGGGAAGGUACUCCAGGACACGAGUCAUCCCGGGAAUACAAGCAUGGAAAGAACACGUAUGUUUAUGGGCAAGAAAGAGAUUUAGCAAAGAAAACUUGGUCCUCGCUUCCACCUUCUGAUUUACCCGAUGUCCGUCAAAGAAAGAGUUCACUAGGUUCUCUCGACAAGUUUAUAUCUGACAACAAUAGAGAAGAAGUAUGGCUGACAAGCCAGGAUUUUAUUGGUCUUGGAUUUAAUAUAGCUGGCAGCAUGAGAGAUGGUAUCUUUGUCAGCCAGGUACAUAACAGAGGACCCGCUAAAGAAUCUGGAAAAUUUAAAGUUGGAGACAGAAUUAUGAAUGUUGGAAUUUCUUUCGAAAACAUGGUGUACGAAGAUGCUUUGACAAUUCUGAGUUAUGCCUCACCGUAUCCUGUGAAAGUCACGCUACAAAAGCAGCAGACGAUUCCAAAGAAUAGAAAAUUGAGUGACGUGAGAACAAAUUUGAAUCAUCCUUUGUACAGAAGUAAUUCUGUAGAUGUCUUAGACAUGCACACUAGUGAAAAAUCGUUUUAUCCAAAACGGGCGGCAAGUGAAAUGCACCACUGCCAGAGAAAUUCACCAAACGGUAAAAAGAUAACAACAAAUGGCCAAGAUAGUAUUAUAUUUGAAGAAUUUGGUGUAGGUGUAACAUCACCGGACAACGAGGUGUUUGAAAUACCAGCACCAAAGACUAAUGCAGUUGUACAUACAGUAACUAACGAUGGCAAAGAAAAAGUAGCUCUCGGGAAAGAAGUGUUUGGCGAUAUUGACUCCAAUAUUCCGGCACAUAAUGUUGAUUUGAAGAUUCCUAAUAGUGAAAGCAAAUCAUUAGACUCCGAUGUACCAUACUCAUCGUCCCAGCCUCAGUUUAUAGACCCAUUUGAAACAUUGACAGAACAAGAUAAAAUUGAUAUGCUGCGACUCAGUUACACUGACCCAGACGCAGUCGUAAGCUUUGAUAAACAACAGAAAUCAGCCGAUGUUGAUGUAGAUUUUAAAAGCGUUCCAGUUAAGCCAGAGCGCAAAAAGAAGAGUUCUACAAACAGUUCCCAUAGAAAGAGCGACAUUGAGCUGCAAGGCAGUUUACCUUCAACACCAGUACCAUCUGUAGUAGACGAUGAAGUAUUUGCUUCAGCACUAGUACCACCAACCGAAGCACCACCGCCCAUUCCGGUACAGGACAAUGAAGCCGACGAAACACUCGUUUUGCCGGAAACGAAAACACGAAAUGUAACAAUUGGCAGUAAGUCUAUCGUGUUUCAAACAAGACUAGAAACGUCUGAUAUUUUAAAUGAAGAAAAGACUACGGAGGAUGAUGGUUCUUCACCAGAUAUUCAUGUCUCAGAAAGUAAUAAUGAAGUCGCUGCAGGCAUACCAAAAGAUAUUUUAGGACUAAGUCCGGUUGUAGAAGAAACUAUUACGGCUACGCAAAUUCAGAAAGAAAGAAAAGUACCUUUGUCAUUAAACAACUUUUCACUUGAUGCCAACACCGAUGAAUGUAAGGAGAAGUGUUCAGAAACGACUGAUCGAAAUGAUGAUACAACAAAAAAUGAUGCUGACAUACAAAAAGUGUUACCAAGCAACUUACCCCCGAAUGAUAACUUUGACGGUAGUCUCACAGAAUCAGAUCAUUUUAGUCUUGAUAUGGAUUCUGUGAUAUUCAAGGAACCUUUCACUAAUAAAAAUACCAAGCAAAAAGAAAACAGUUUCGCUUACGAUAUUUCAGUGACUGAACUUGAGGCAAUGGAACAAGCGGUUCUUGACGAAGAACGCAAAAAACAUGAACUUCGAAAGAAAAAAGGAGGCAUUGCUUUUGAAGUCAGGGACGAUUAUGUUACUGGUGAAUUAAGGACAGUAAAUCACUUAAACAUUCACAGAACAGCUUCAUAUGAUACAAGCCUGUCCAGUGACAGAAUAUCUGCUAGAAAUAUUUCCUCACAACGGCCUACCUCAUUUAAAGGUGAAGGAAAAGCACGGAAUGAAACUGAUAAUGGUUUAUUAGAAUGGUCCGGGAAACGUCUUGUCAGAUCAGGGUCAUUUACUGAAAUACCUCAGGGUGACGCUGUCAAAGAUUGGACUGAUGAAAAAGACCUUAUAGAGGACGAUGCUGUAAUAGAAAAACACAUUCAGGAAGACUCUGUGUCUACAAGUUUAAGAAAACUGACAAAAGCUACAUUUGUUCAAUCGUUUAGGACUUCAGAAAAGGGUGUGGAAGAUUUGUCAGACACAGACUCGCAGUGUCAGUCAAUUUCUAGCUCCUGUUCAAGCGGAAAUGACAAAUCUCCAAUGAAUAGCUUUUCAGAUGUAACAAAUAUCAAAGACAGCAAUGACGAAGGUCUGAAUAUGUUCUCCGCCACCUCUGAAGACAAAGACAGGUCUGUAACAAAUCUGAAGUCAGAUAUUAUUACAGAAUAUUCCAAAACAGUAGAAAACGACGAGGCACUUAUGGUAACAUUAAAUACAGCUGAGAAUGUGGAGGAAGACUGUUAAUGUCCAAACUUGACAAAAUUGAUUAUAAAUGUUUAUCAGGUGCUUUAAUUCACAUCUAAGAAAGGGAAAGAAAUGUACAUACCAUUACAUAAGUAUUUUUUACAAUGUAUACUGACUAAUUCCUCUUAAUCAGUCCUAAUCAAAGCAUAUUUUUGUUGUUUUAUGGUUUUUAUAUUGUUACUUUAUUAAACUAUAUGGAUGAGAAUUAUCCUUUAAAAACUGUAUGUUUUUAAAUAUGUUUUUAUCAUAUAUAUUUCAUCUGAUUUGAACUAAACUGUUUAUGGAUAAAUUAUAAUGAUAAUAUAAAUAAUAAUAAUAAUAAUAAUAAUGAUAAACAUCUAUUUCUGGUGUCUCCUUUUAUAUAAACUUAAAAAUUAUAACAUUUGUUAUUUUUUAAUAUAUCAAAAACUACUAAAAGCAAUAGGUUGGAAUUUAGCAUGUUUAGUUUAAACAACAUAUCAAUAUUUCACUUUAUUCCUUUUACGACUUCAGCAUAUUUUAAACAGUCACAAAAUACAUAUAAAUGUAUGGAAUGUCUAUAGAUAUAACGAAUUAUAAAAACUGAACUUCUUAUGACUUUCUGAAAAUAGUGAGAUAAACGUUUGAAUUAUUAAGUACAGCA